CGGAUGUAUUUCACCGCGACACACACAACAGUUCAUGUGCCGCAUAGAGCUGCUGUCUGUGACUGGAUCUGAAGCUACUGCAGCAUGACGAAACCCUGUGGGUUCGAGUUCUGGAGGAGCACUCUGAAGGGUGCGCGCUACGUGGUCGCGCCCAUGGUGGACCAGAGCGAGCUCGCGUGGAGGCUGCUGAGCCGCAGACAUGGCGCAGAGCUCUGCUACACGCCCAUGCUGCACGCCCAGGUGUUCGUCAGGGAUGCCAACUACCGUCGGGAGAACCUGUAUAACGAGCUCAACCAGGAUGACCGACCCCUCAUCACACAGUUCUGUGCCAAUGAUCCUGAGGUGUUUAUCCAGGCUGCUCUACUUGCCCAGGAUUACUGCGAUGCCAUCGAUCUGAAUUUGGGCUGCCCACAGAUGAUUGCAAAAAGAGGUACCAAAACUCAGCUGACACUUCAUUUCUGUUGUAUGUGAG